CAUUAGAUAUUUGUAGAGCAGUUCAUGAAUGGUUGUUUCUUCACACAAGUCCAAGCCUGUGAUGUAAUAUUACCCGCAAGUCAUUUUUCUGAGUUCUUGACAUUUUGUUGGUUACAGGAGCUUCUUGUGCUAGAGGAACAGAUUGGCAUUGUUGGCACUGGACUUUCUGAAGAAGAUAUUCAGAAUAGUUUGAAAACAAGAACUUUCUCCUCGUUGGCAACAUGUUUAAAUCAGAAAAAGGCAGCAACGGUGGAACAACAAAGUAAUUUCUGCGUCAUAUGCCAGGCUGAUUUUGAGGAUCAAGAAAAUGUUGGAAACCUUAACUGCGGGCAUGAGUAUCAUGAAGAUUGCAUAAAGAAAUGGCUGCUCAUAAAAAAUUCUUGUCCCAUAUGCAAAUCCACUGCAUUAACAACUGUGAAGAAGAACUGUAAAUAGAGAGGUCGAAGGCAGUUGGAAGAAAAAUUCUCUUUUGCUCUCUUCCUAGUUACCUAUAAUCAGGGAUAAAAACUCUUUCUGAACGUAACAUAUUUUUGUACAUUGUAUAGGUGGUCAUGUCAACAUGUUUGAAGCAUUUUGUCUCUCUCGAAGUGUAGAGAAUUGUUUGUUCGAGAGUAUGAACGUGCUCUAGGAUAUAUGCAGCAGUUAAAUGUUGAAUCUAAUCUUCUUAAGAGUUUUAGAAUGUGC